AUGGUCACACCUCUGCCCUUUGCUGCAGAAGGUGUACUUCUGGCUUCUUCUUCCAUCGAAUACUGCGAUCGUGUAAGCGGCACGGAACUGCUUCCGUGUGAGAAGAAGAUGGUGGUGACGCUGUCGGUGGAUAAUGCGCAGGCUGCAGGCGUGGAGGAGUUUGUGCUCUUGCAGGAUGCCGUGGACAAAACGCGAGGUACAGGGAAAGAGCUCGCGAGAUUUGAACCAAUCCGUCUGACGACGAAAAAGUCACGCGUUCAAUACCGAUACCCUCUUUUUUAUGAACGCAAUUUCAACUCCAAGCCGUACGAGGAGCAGAUUCCAACGGAAAUAAUUGGGUGUGAUGAUGGAUCCAGCCCCGAGGCAACAUGUGGAGUGGUUCUCGACGCGGCGGGGGAACCAAUUCCAUACAGCGGGGGAUUCUGUUGUCGAUGCGGCAUGUGCCAACUGUUGGGCAUCUGCCCUCCGGACAGCCGUGGUCUUCAUGUGUGCAACGUGUUCGGAGAGGCUUCCCUGGCCUCGUGCCUCCGUUUUGGAGAGCUCUGGUACAGUGGGUACAGCAUAGGCUCGCCCUCUGCCUGGUACCGACUGGAGGUGACGCUAACGGCUGGCUCCUCAACUGAAGCCAAGAAGGCGAAGCAGGCAUCCUUUGAGCUGGGGCCGGAUGUGAUUUCGGGCUCCUCAGCGGAGUUUGGAGCUUGGGCCAAGCUUGUGGGGGACUUUAUGCCAGCGGAAACGCCAUUGCUUCUCUCUGAGAAGAUGCUUUUUGUCCCCAACUUUCCGAGGAAUCACAAACUUGUUUUGGCAGGCCCACCAGAAUGGUUGCUGUUGGACAAACACCGUGUGAGCAUGCAGGGUCGAGAAUGUAACAAGGUGGGGGUCUCAUAUGAGGCUUUUGGCAGUCAAGGCAGCAGGUGCCAAUUACAGCGGGGGUCAUGUCUGGCCGAUCAGUUGGAGGACUACCGUUUGAGUGACAUGGCAGUUGAAGCCAAAGGAGGCAGAGGCCAGUAUAUGGCCCGCUUUUUUGGCGAUUUUGCGCUCAGUACAGCCAACAGCACCGACACUCCAAUUCUCUCGUACUGGAUGCGGGGGUCGCUGGCGACGAUGGUCACUAUCGUCAUCUCGGCGGAUAGACUGAAGUAUGUACUCUCGGUCUCCCCAGGCGAAAUUGUCGCCACAGAGGUGUCGAAGUCGACGAUAGAGGCUGCUUCACGAGAUGGGGUGCUUGCUGUGACGGUGCGCAACACUGGCAGCAUAACAGCGCAAUACACUCUUGGGGUGGGGAACUGCUCAAGACACGUUCACCCUAUGAUGGCCCAGCCCAUGAGUAUGGCACCACAACAGACACUGACACGCAGUUUUGACUUAAAUGUGCAGGGCACGUUGGAGGAGGGAAUCGUGACGUGUGAUGUGACCUUACGAGACGCGCGAGGUGAUAUCGCCGACAAGAAGGUUGUGGAAUUUCGCGUGACAAGCGUGAGAUGGACGAACGGGACACAGGGCGAUAAUACACCCACUGGAGAUGGCGCCAGCGUGGGUGGUAAAGACGGUUCAGCUUGCAAACGUUGUGAGUGGUACAUAAUCAUCUGUUUUCUGGUGCAUCGGUGUUGGUGGCAGCCGUUACUGUAUGUUCUGAUUGCUAUUGCUUUGCUAGUGGGGGUGUAUUUUGCUUUUAAAAUGUGUUCGUGCUGCACUGACGCCCAGAAAGCGCGUGCGUAA